AUAAAACAUUUUAUUAGCUACCGGUGCCUGUAUAAGUUUUUACUUCCGGUAAAUGCACAAUUGAAGAGGAAAGAUGUUGAGGCUGUGGCCAUUAGCUCGUAACUGCAAGGCCACAAAAGCCCUAGCAUCCCUUGCACGAUGGAGCUCUACGGCCCCACCAGAGACGCUGGAGGUUUUUGUGGAUGACAAGUCAGUACAGGUGGUACCAGGAACCACCAUCUUACAGGCAUGUGCCGAUGCUGGUGUCGAGAUACCUCGCUUCUGUUACCAUGAACGACUCUCCAUCGCCGGCAAUUGUCGCAUGUGUCUGGUGGAGGUGGAAAAAUCUCCAAAGCCGAUAGCGUCAUGCGCUAUGCCGGUGAUGAAGGGUAUGAAGAUCAAGACAGACUCGCCAAUGACACGGAAGGCUCGGGAAGGCGUGAUGGAGUUUCUCCUUAUGAACCACCCACUCGACUGUCCCAUAUGUGAUCAGGGUGGGGAAUGUGACCUACAGGAUCAGUCGAUGGCUUUCGGCAGCGACCGCAGUCGUUUUACAGACAUGGAGCAUGGGGGAAAGAGAGCUGUUGAAGACAAGAAUGUUGGCCCUCUUAUUAAGACAAUAAUGACAAGAUGUAUCCACUGUACCAGGUGCAUCAGGUUUGCGAGUGAGAUAGCUGGAGUGGACGACCUUGGAACAACGGGACGUGGUGGGGAUAUGCAGGUCGGCACUUAUGUAGAGAAAAUGUUCAAGUCUGAGCUGUCUGGCAACAUCAUUGACCUGUGUCCUGUCGGAGCUCUUACAUCCAAGCCGUACGCUUUUACAGCCCGCCCCUGGGAGACUAGGAGGAUUGAAUCAGUAGAUGUUAUGGACGCUGUAGGCAGCAAUAUUGUGGUCUCAACACGGACGGGAGAAGUCUUCAGAAUUCUGCCAAGAACCAACGAGGAGGUAAAUGAAGAAUGGAUUUCUGAUGCUACACGGUUUGCGUAUGAUGGUUUGAAGAGACAGCGACUGACUGCGCCGUUUGUGAGGAAUGCCGAUGGACAGCUGGAACAGACAGACUGGGAGACAGCUCUUGUUGCUGCCACUCAGAAGAUUGUGUCCGUGCCAGGAGAUAAGAUUGCAGGACUAGCUGGAGGACUGGUUGACGCGGAGGCCCUUGUCGCCCUCAAGGAUUACUUAAACAGGCUGGGAUCAGAGGCUCUAUGUACAGAGGAAAUAUUCCCUAUGGAUGGAGCUGGAACUGACCUGCGUUCCAACUACUUGUUAAACACGGGCAUACAGGGCGUCGAGUCUGCUGACCUUAUUCUUCUGGUUGGCACCAACCCCAGAUUUGAAGCCCCACUCUUCAAUGCCCGCAUCAGAAAGAGCUGGAUCAACAAUGACCUAACAGUCGCAAUGGUUGGAGGCCAGGUCGACCUCACAUAUGAGUAUGAGCAUCUUGGAGACUCGACACAGAUACUGUCUGACAUCGCCUCUGGAAAACACCCUUUCGCUAAGACACUUGGAGCAGCUAAAAACCCAAUGGUAGUUGUCGGGAGUUCAGCUCUGCAGCGAGGAGAUGGAACAUCCAUACACCAGGCUGUUGCCACCAUUGCCCAGAACGCCCGGGUACAGUCCGACUGUGGUGAAGAUUGGAAGGUCCUUAAUGUACUACACAGGGUGGCGAGUCAAGUGGCUGCCCUUGACAUUGGCUAUAAGGCAGGAGUCCAGUGUAUCCGGGAAAACCCACCCAGUGUACUAUACAUGCUUGGUGCUGACGAGGGAGCAAUCACUCGAGACCAGCUCCCCAAGGACUGCUUCGUCAUCUACCAAGGACACCAUGGAGACCGGGGUGCUGCGAUGGCUGACGUGGUUCUCCCAGGCGCUGCUUACACAGAGAAGGAUGCCACAUACGUGAACACGGAGGGCCGCGCUCAGUACACCAAACUGGCCGUAUCCCCACCCGUGAUGGCAAGAGAGGACUGGAAAAUUAUUCGCGCUCUAUCUGAGCUAUCAGGCAACUCGUUGCCAUACGACCGUAUCCAGGAAGUUCGUGAACGCUUGUAUGAUGUCUCACCAAAUCUCGUCCAGUACGGCUCCGCUGAGGAUGCUAACUACUUUAAACAGGCUAAUGAGCUUUCUGCUAGCAUCAAAGGCAAGCUGGAAGACAAACCCUUGACACCAACUCUUUUGAACCUGAAGGAUUUCUACAUGACAAACUCCAUCGGCCGGGCCUCACAGACCAUGGCCAAGUGUGUCAAAGCCGUUCAGGAGAUGGACUAGGGAGAUGAAACCUCUAAUAAGAGGAGGCAUUGGGCGUUAACAAUGCUUAAACCUUGAUGUAUUAAAGUGGUCACCUGGCUUGAUAUCGUGUCCAAGCAUCAUUGGGAUAGUUUGCUGUGCACACAAUGUUGUGUGUUGUACCACCCUUCAUGAAAUUACAAAUUAACAGUCAUAAGAUGAUACCCAAACACUAUAUAAGAUUUAUUAAAGGAAGAUGUGUUUGUGUUGUGCUAAUAAAACAUUUUAAUCAAGCCUAAUGUAAAAGUAAAAGUAUUAGUUCUUAAAGUCAUGUUUGCUUAAAUUGGAUGGUGAUAAGUGUUUAAGCUGUAAAAACCUAUUUUUAGAAUGUUUCAAGGACAUGGCAUUUCUUUUGCCUUGGUAGAAGUGUUAUUUGUUGAUAAUGAAAUGCUUGAUAUUUAUUAAAAGUUGAAAAGUAA